CGCCAUAAUUGUCCAAUGGUAUAUCCUUUUCAAAGAAUUGGCAAAGUGGCAAUGCGUAUAAUUUAAGACAGUGAAUCUCAUUGGCUGAUACAUAAGCAGCUUACGCAUUGCAAAGCCUUGGUAAGCCAGCUGAAAAGCUGUUUUGUGUUCACGACCGACGUUCUUGUGUGAUUGGUGUCAUGUCUGCCUUGAAGCUGAUAAUGUGAAAUUGGUGUUGAUAUCAACCUGUUUUGUGGUGAUUUGUGAAGUGGUUGUAGUGUGAACAAUUUUUGAAUUUCCUUCAUAUCUUGUCAGUGUUCUUUAUUUUAAACAAACAUUGGAAACUUGCAAGUGUAAGUUUUAAUUUGAGGUACACGUACUGCUACAAAAGUGAUAAUAGAUGUUCCAUUGUGCAGAGGAUUAUCUGUUGCAGCAUAUUAAUAACUUUAUCUGAAGUUCGUGACAUAACUAGUGUUUUUGACGCGUGCCACUUUAACAUUAUUUCUUCUGUAAGAUCCAAUUGCCUGACUAGGCCAGCAGAAUGGAGGUUUUGUCGCUAACAACGCAGAACCCUCUGUCUCUGCUGGUGAAGUUUGGCAUGAUGGCUUGGAAUACAAGCUGUGCAGAGAACUGCUCGGGGCAUGGCGAGUGUCAUAAUGGCACUUGCCUGUGUGAGAUUCAAUUUGAAGGCAAGGAAUGCCAUGCCCCUAACCUAAGUUACUAUGUGGCAUUUGCAACAGUAUUUUUCAUACUGGCAUUAGUAUGUCUUGUUCAACUAGUCAUGUGUAUAGUUGCUGAGUGGCAGAGAAUGAAAGCUCCUUCUCUAUUGAAAGCUUGUCGUGUUACAACUCAAAAGCUCUUGUACUUCUUGGUUUUUCUUGCUGCUGCAAUUCGAGGAGCAUAUUUCACAUCACCUGCUGCUUUUGAAGAGGGUUGGUCAAGUAGCCUUUUGAGUGCAUACUACCCAUUGCUUCUUUCUGGUUCCUCACUGAUAGUUUGUUUUUGGGCUGAGGUGUUUCAUUUACCGAAUGUGCGCUGGGAAAAACCUCAAUUCUUGUCUAAAUCUUUUCUGGGAUUUGUUACUUUCAAUAUUAUUACCUAUUCACUUCUGCUAACGGAAUUCAUCACUACACAAGUGGCAAACACAAGUGUUGAAGACAAAAGCUUCUACACUCAUGUUUUCAAUGGAUGCUAUGCUUUUCUUCUGUUUAUUGUUGUUAUCUUCUUUCUCAUAUAUGGAGUUGAAGUUUUCUUCAAGGUUAGAGGUGGCUUCCUAACUGGCCAUGAAAUGGCUGCUUCAUCUAUUGCUGGCAACACAAGAACACCUGCUGGAGAGCGAACAAGUGCUACUGCAGCAACAACCAAACUUUUUGAUGCAUCAAACUUACCUGCUCUACAACCCAAAAUUGACCAUUCUCAGCUCCAUCAGUCAAGGGUGGGCUUGCUGUCCCAAGCACUGAUGCUUAGCAUUAUUGUGGGUUUUCUCUUUAGUGAGACACUGUCUGAAUUUUGGAAAAAAAAAGUUCCCCUCUACAGUCGUAAUUGGCAUGACAUAGUGUUCCGUGUAGUGGAAAUAGGUGUUGCCCUUUGGUUUCCAUGUGUUCUGUGGAACUGUUACAGCCCGGAACAACUCUGGAUUCUAAACCCUAAAAGGAUUUUGAAGAAAUUAGAACUAGAAGCAAAUGCCGCUCCUAGUGCAGAAGAACAGGAAGAUGGAGCAUUUGUGGAGGACUCGGGAGAUUUGGGUGAUGAAGCUUGUGGCUCCCAAGACUGUUGGAUUUGCUAUGAUGCUGACCGUCAAGAUGUUGGGCCUCUUAUUCAACCAUGUCAGUGCAGAGGGGACAUGAGUAGUGUUCAUCAUGAUUGCUUGAGGCGAUGGCUAAGUUCCACCAAUCCAGAUUGCCUGAGCUGCAAGGUGUGUGGUGCUCCAUACCAGGUUCAGCGAGGUGAGCGCCUAGAUUGGCAACAUGGAUUUACGACCCAGCACUGGCUACAAACUGCUGCAAUUGUGACCUGCAUGUGUGUGUCAGCUGCUGGAGCCUGGGUUACUAUCCAGCUGUUUGAAGACCCAGUAAUUCGCAUGCUGGCUGCAGGGAGUGCGUUGCUCAUUCAGUAUGUGUGUGUCAGAUUUUUAGGCUUGAAUACUGUUGUGGCAUAUCAGCGGGCAAAGACUUCGGCUCUGAGUAUUGUUGGAGGCAAUCAUGUCUCUACUAUUAGUGAGACUGUUGCUGUUUCUGUUGAUGUGCCAAAGCCACCUCCUGAACCUGCUCGCAUUUGAAGUGAGUUUCAACUCUAGCCAAAAUUCUGUAUGUGUAAGUAGUCCCAGGUGGAGCCAUGUUAGUUCUGGUCAGUUGGUUGAUGCUUUUGCAAGAGGAAUGUCAACCGUCCUAGCCCAGAGAAUUAAGCUGCACACCAUUCAACUAACGACUCAGCUGACCCGGUGCAUGUCCUGGCUCUCAGACAUCGGUACUCCCAUGCUGAUAGAUCACAAUCCUUUGGUAUAAGCAGCAAUAAUCCUUGUGUGCAUGUGUGUAUAUGUGUGUGUGUGUGUGUGUGUGUAAAUAUUUCAGAUGCAGUUAGUAUAUUUCAGUGACUACACUUUAACUUCCAGUUUGAUGUACAAUUGUUAGGAACAAAGGAGUGAGGCCAUCUUAAAUAGUGAGAUAAUUAGAAAUAUAUAUUUAUACAUUAAAACUAUUGUAAAAAUAGAACUUGAUCAAUAUCUAAAUUUUCCCUCUCUUUUUCUUGUUCUUUGAAGCUCUGAUAAAGAAUAUUUUAUUAAUAGAAUGUAUCAUAUUUUAAUUACAAUAUAUACUCUACUGUUGAUCAGAUGUUUUACUAAAAUAAUGAAGGAGUAUAUUAUUAUAAUUCCAUUUCUGGUAUACAAUGCUAAUUUCUCUUUGUUAGUUAUAGUUAAUCUUUAUUUGUCUGGAAUACACGAUUGGUGAAUUGAGCCAUUCUAUUUCUCUGUGUGUAGGUGUAUGUGCGCUCACCUUUUAUUCAACUUUUGUCAGAGUGCAUAUAAAUGGGGCUAAAUUGACAUGGCUCUCCUGUUGUCGAGACAAAGUCUCAUUUAAUUGUUUUAAAGAAAAAGUGCAAUAUAAAGUAUAAGGUGGGAGUGUUGGGAAAUAAUUCAACCUCAUUGAAUAAGUUUUAAAUGUACUCUACUAAAUGUAUAUAGAAUGUUUUUGUAAUAUAUGCCUUUAUUAUUGUAUGUGAAAUUGUGUUUUAAAUAAUUUUUCAUGCAAUAUGUAGACAAAAGGUCUUAUUUUAAAGCAAGAUUCAAUCAUUUCUUUGAUCAUAUGUCAUAAGUUUAUGUUUGAAGGUUCUGUUAAAAGUAAUUACUUGUGCAUUUAUAAAUUGUGCAUUAAACAGAAUUGAUACACGUUUCAAAAAUGUGUAGGACUAUCAUACAGUCUUAAAACUACAUACAUUUUGCUUCAAGUAGGCAGGAAGGAACCAGUAUGAGUGUCAACAACCCACUAUUGUACCUGGUAGUAAAAUAUAGUUCCUAAACUCUUAGAUCAGUUGUUUUUCUCUUAUGCACAAUAAUUCCUGUGCUAUUUGCCAUUCCCCCUUUACAGUUCAGGGUCAUCAUGCAUUCUGCAUGCUAGUUUUAAGAGGGUAAUGUAAAUUGCCCUGGAAUACAACUAAAGUCUAUUCAGGGCAGUGUAACUGGUAGUGAUUCUUUUGGAGCUCCUAGGGCUUGUUUUACAUAUCUGUAUUUGACUUGACAGUCUUAUUUCAGAAAAGUAGAUGUCAAUAUGUAACAUUACACUAUAAACAUGAUAUUUUCUUGGACUUAACUAGUGAAAUUCUCAAAUUUGUAAGUUCUUUGGGUAAUAUCCCAGCAUAAUUCAGAAUGCAUUAUACUUCUCUUGAAUAAUGUAAUCCAUGUGUCAAAAAUUCGUGAAUUUUAUUUUGAUGAUCUGCACACACAUCCAUGCCUUAUUUUGAAUUGGCUUGCAUAGUUGCCAUAAGUUAACGGUAUGUUUUUGAUCUCUUUGUUUUAUUGAGGUGCGUGAAUUCAUGCAAACCAGAAACUUAAGAAAUAUUGCAUGUUUUGUAUGUUAAGGUGUUGUCUGUAAAAUUUAGUUGUUGGAAUAAUGAGAAGUUUGACAGUGUUUCAGUAAUUUGGUUCCUUUUAUAUGUUCCCGCCCACUUACAACCAGUUGAAAGUAUGUAAUUGUGUAUUUGUGCAAAUUAUGUAGUUUGGAGGCUUUGUCAACUAUGAUUAUUGGUGUGCAGUUUUCCACCUUUUAUAUGUGCUCUCUGGAUAACCUGAAUGGGUAAUUUGAGAGUUCUUGCAGCACCGACAUUGGUUAGGUUGGAAAAAAAAGUGAGCUGUGUAUUUUAUUAAUCAUAGUCAUCAUUUUGUAAAUUCAGUCAUUUCCUGUAGUAACUAAACUGAAACGUUUUGUUUGAUCUAUUUCAAAUAAAAAAUAUCAAGCAUUUGUUGUUGAUUUCUCUAUUUUAUUGUAACUGGUAGUGUCUUCCCUCGGUUUUACUUUGUGUGCCAGAACCUUCCUUUAAUUGAUAAUUGAGUAUCAAAUUACUUUUGUCAGAAGUGCUGUGAUGAUUGAGUGAAAGAAUGAUUAUUGAUAAGUACUUCAUGGUUUUUGAAGCUGAAGGUACAUGGACAUAAAUUUAUCCAGAUGCAAAUUGUUUUUUUGUGUUAAGUGAUGAAUAGUAGAAUUAAUUAAAUGAAUCAUGGGUUGCUAUAUUUUAGAAAGGUUUCAUGGAUUUCAGGACUAGAUAAAUGUACAUGCCACAAGAUUCCCAUUUUUCAUUGGGAAUAUAAAUGUUAAAUCAUUGAAAAGCAUUUCCUUGGGUGCACUAAUGUAACUU